AUGAAAAACAACAAAAGUAAAAAGAUUAUGAUAAUGAAAAAGAUGAUGAUGAUAAAUUUUAAUUAUAAAAAGGGAAAUAGAAAAAUGAUUAAUGAAGCUGAAACACUUUUAGAUUAAAAUAGAAAUGAAGAAGUAUUACAAUAUAUUAAUUAUGCUAUUAAUAGUAAUCCUGAUGAAGAUAUAUAUUAUGCAAUUAGAGGUAAAUUAAAAAAAUGAAUAAUAAAGCUCAAAUACUUUUAAAUUUAAAUAGAAAUGAAGAAGCAUUAGAAUUUUUUCAUUAUGCUAUUAAUAGAAAUCCUAAUAAUGAUGACUAUUAUGUCUUGAAAGGUAAACUGAAAUUAAUAAUUAAAGCUCAUAAACUUAUAUAAAUGAAUCGAAAUGAAGAAGCAUUAGAAUAUAUAGAUCAUGCUAUGAAUAGAAUCCUUAUAAUAUUGUCUAUUAUAAAUUCAAAUGUAAAAGCAAAAAUAUUAAAUAAAGCUCAUGUAUUAAUGCUAAUGAAUAAAAAACGAACAAGCAUGAGAAUAUAUUGAUUAUUCUAUUAAUAGAAAUCCUGAUGAAGCUUAUUAUUAUUCUUUAAAAGGUAAAUUUGAAAAUAAUAACGAUAUCCCAUACACUUAAGUAAAUGAAUAGAAAUGAAGAAGCAUUAAAAUUUUUUGAAUAUGCUGUUAAUAGAAAUCCUGAUAGUGAGAACUAUUAUGUAAUGAAAGGUAAAUUGAAAAUAAUAACAUAAAGCUUAUAUGCUAAUAUAAAUGAAUCGAAAUGAAGAAUCAUUAAAAGAUAUUGAUCAUAUCAUUAAAAGAAAUCCUGAUAUUGAUAGAUAUUAAGCACUCAAAGGUAAUUUUAAGAUAAUAAAUUAAGCUCAUUCACUAAUGUUAAUUAGUAGAAACGAAUAGGCAUUAGAAUAUAUAGAUUAUGCUCUUAAUAGAAAUCCUGAUAAUGAUUAAUAUUAAGUAAACAAAGGUAAUUUAAAAAAUUAUUAAAAUGCUCGUACACUUAUAUAAAUGAAUUGA